CCGUCAUCAACUUCAACUCCAGCUGAUAUCACGGUGCAUUUCAGUUCCUUCCGAGUAUCACUGUCAAUAUCUUCUUCUGUAUAUAUGAAUAUGGAGCUUCUUGACUUCUGCUACGACAUCUUGAUCCGCAUCUUGGAGGAGAUCAACCCAGAGGACCUGGCGGCCUGUGCGCGGACCUCUUCGGGCUUCAAUAACUUCAUCAAAGGAAACCAGCGUUUGUACAAGGCGCACUAUCUUAGAGACUAUGAUGAUCCGCGUCAAAAUUCCACGAGUCCUGAACCUGAUUGGGUAGCCUCCCUACAGGGGUUGGUCAGGUGCCAGAAGCUGUUGGAAACUCAUGAUGUCGAAUUCAAACGAGAAAACUUUAAGCUCGUUGCCAAAACAGUCGACGAGAUCUUGUAUAAUGCAACCCAUCGAAAUGGUGUGUCCAAGAACAUUGCAUUAUUGACUCGUUCAUUUGCACAACCACGCAAUCUAGACGCUUUCAUGCAUCGAUCAUCUUUGUAUCAACGCGCUGGCACAGAACAACAGUUGGCUGCCGACAACGAAGAGGAUCGUCAGCUGAGCGCAAAACUUCACUGUCUCCAUGGGAUGGGCGCAGGUGCGCUAGGCAGAAGGUCAACAUCAACACAUCCAUACGCGAGAUCGCGAAUAUAUGAUCUGCGAAACUAUACCGACAAGACCGAGUGGGGUCCUUUCCGCGACGACGGCUCAGGAAAGGUUGAUUGGGAAAUGAUUGAAUCUGUGAUGAUUGACUUGAGUUACAAUACAACGAUCUGUUGUCCUCGCUUCUUACCGCACUUUCUGCCAAUUUGGUCGGAUCCUUUCGGAGGAGUGGUUCGAGAUAGAGUCAGGGCGAAUUAUCCUCCGUCGCUACCCAAGGAGCCGGACAUCCCGCUCGACUUGAAGGACCCAUAUAAUGUUUCAGGAUUGUGGCACAGAAUCGUUUGCUUUCUGGAUUACAAUGAUCUCUUCGCCUAUAACUUCAGUUCUCAAGCAAUCGGAGUUUCUCCGGACGAGCCAAGGAGUCCGCUCCAGACAGAUGAGGCAAUUCGUCACAUAAUUAUGCGUCUACAAGUCACCGAGGUUCUUCCACCUGGUCCCUAUGACAAUCCGGCUCUUCCGAUUGUAAAAUUUGCUGGUGUUUCUAAAUCCAUGGACGUGUCCUGGGACCCUAAUGCCAACUCGAAGAUUCGUGGAGAGGUGCGACUAACAUGCGAAGGCGAGGUCAGGUGGACGACUAUCUCAGUCUUCUUUGGUGAGGAGCGGUGGCGCAGUGAAGGGAUUCAGGUCGGCGGAAUCAAUUCCAAGCGAGGCGUAACCGGAACGUGGUUCGAUAAGGAUUUCGACCCACAUGGACCUGCAGGUCCAACCGCUUUCUGGAAGAUGGCAGAUAAGGUUGUAGGCGAGGAUUUGGAAGAUGAGGAAGAAGAUGAGUCUGACGGAGAACCUCAGUGGAUAUUUGUACAAUAAGUCUUGGGUUCGUACCAUGCUGGUGUUGAGACAUACAAAGACUGGGGCGUUGUUGGUGUCGCGCUGUGUAAUAUUGGGAAGAUUCGUCUAUCUGACGAUGAAGUUGGGAGCACAUUUUGUAUUUUUCAAUCCUAGAAGUACAUUUCUUAAGCUAUAUGGACAUACACACUUUGUAAUUAUCUUUCGACUUCUACUCAUAGUAUUGUACCAUGUUAUCUAAGCCAUCAAUCU